CCAAACCGCCCUCGACCAAAACUCUCGGCAGCCGAAUUGAUGUCGAUGGCGGCAGCAGCGAAGUCGUCGUUUUUGCUGGACGUGAAGCCAUGGGGCGAUGAAACCGACAUGGACAAGCUGGAGGAAGCCGUACGAAACGUCAACAUGGAAGGCUUGACCUGGGCCAGGCUGGCCCCGGUCGAAUACGGGGUGAAGAAGCUGCAGAUAAUGGUGACCGUCGUCAACGACCUCGUCUCCGUCCACGGCCUCAUCGAGGACCACCUCUGUGCUGCUCCGAUGGACGAGUACGUCCAGAGCUGCGACGUGAGCUUCAACCCGAUCUACGUUGCAGGAAAUUUCUCGUCGCAUGCUGCUGGCGGUGGCGGAGAAGAUUAGUAUGCCCUAGUUACCCGGUACUUGAGAGUCUUGACUCGUUGCAAUACAUUGGAAGCAGUCAUGAUUUUUAUUGCAGGAGAAUGUAAGUGAAGCAUGAUCGCUCUGGUUUGCCCAUGCCAAGAUUUACAACACUUCUCUUUAUUGUCGUUGAACAUGGGAGUCCUUCAGAGCCGUCUGUGGUUCAGUUCAGUACAAUAAAUAAAUAUACUAUACAAUGAAACUGCUUGAAUGAAACCAUGACGUACCAUUGCAUUUAGUUCCCGAACCAAGCACACCCUAGACUUCCUAAGUUGAACCUUGUUUG